AUGGAAGUUGAAGAUGUGGAGAUAGAUCUUCUAACAAGAAGUGGUAAUGUAGAUGAGCUUUGUGAGGCAAGUACGAGUGGGAACGUUGCUCGUUGUUUAGACCAGUUUGCAACGGUUGGUGAGCCCAGAGAUGGGAUGGAAUUUGAGUCAAAGGAGGCUGCGUACUAUUUCUAUAGAGAGAACAAAUACAGAAUCCCAUUUACUCCUUUUAUUGGGGUUAGCCAUCAUUGUCAAUACGUGCUGCUUGGAUGUGCUUUGAUUGGAGAAGAGAUUGAGUCAACAUAUUCUUGGCUAUUUCGGCCGUGGCUUAAAGCAGUCGGUGGUCAUGCUCCUAGAGUGAUGAUAACAGAUCAGGAUAAGCUUCUAAGUGACAUUGUUGUUGAAGUUUUUCCAAGUGCUCGCCAUUUUAUUUGUUUGUGGAAUGUGUUGAGUAAGAUUCCUGAGAUGUUGAAUCCUUUUGUGAGUCAAGAUGAUGGUUUUAUGGAGAGUUUUAGAAAUUGCGUACACAACUCUUGGACAUAUGAACAAUUUGAAAGGAUGUGGUCAAAUAUAAUUAGUAAAUUUGAACUUAACGAAAAUGAGUGGCUUCAGUUGUUGUUUAGAGAUCGUAAAAAAUGGGUGCCACUUUAUUUUCAUGGGAUUUGUUUAGCUAGACUGUCUGGACCUGAAAGACCUGGCAGUGUCGCCUCUCAAUUUGACAAUUAUAUGAACUCAAAGGCUACUUUCAAGGACUUCUUUGAACUCUACGGGCCAUUUCUGCAGUAUCGAUCUAAUGUGGAAGCAAAGGAUUAUCUGGAAUCUCAGAGCAAACAGCCUACACUGAGGUGUUCUUUGGCUUUCGAGAAACAACUUUCCUUGAUCUACACGGACGCUGCUUUUAAGAAGUUCCAAGCUGAGGUACCGGGCGUUGUUUCUUGUCAACUUCGAAAAGAAAGAGAAGAUGGGACAACAACAAUAUUCCGCGUGGAAGAUUUUGAAGAACAGAAAAUUUUAUCUGUUGCUUUGAACAAAGAGUUGUUGGAUUAUAUACUAAAGCGUUGGUCAAAGGGAUGUAACAACAUAGAGGGCAAAAAAGAAAAAUGUGUCACUAUUCAUAACCGAAUGGCACGUUUUGAUGAUCUCUGUAGGCGCUUUGUUAAGCUAGGAGAAGCUGCAUCUUUAUCAGAUGAAGCCUACAAGACUGCUUUAACAUUAUUGGAGGAAACCAAGAAGCAUUGUGUUAAUAAUUCUCCCAAGCUAAAUGAUGCAACAAACAUGUCAGAAGAACUACCCCAAGAAACCGUUUUUUAUGCACAUGAACAAGUUAGCUCCAGAGCUCCUACGUUUGAGAAUUGUUACAUUCCUCAAGCAGUUAUGGAAGAGACCGAACAGGGAUCCCGUUUCUUAGCUGUUUCUUCCACCCAAGAUGGUUACUACGGACAUCCGCCAACCAUACAAGCCAUGGUGAGAUCCUUUGUCUAUUUCUCUUAUAGCGUUCAAGCUUUUGUUAUAACCUUACGUGUGAAUCUUUAUCACCGACCAAAAUUCAACUUCUUGACAUUUUCUGAUGAGGGAAGCAUGUAUUCACAACCAAGCAUCCAAGGAGCUUUUCAGGGACAAUCAGGUUUCAGGGGAAGUGUUAUUCGUGGUUGCUAUGACAUUGAAGAAACUCUCCACGACAUGACAAUGGAGUCCUCACAAUUUCAGGGCUCUGGUCCAAGCAAUCCGAGUAAUCACCGUAUGUUCAAUCAACAAUAUAAGCUCAAGAGUUCCUCGUCAAAUCUUCAAAGAUGUUGGAAUGCGUUUUGUACAAAAAUAGAAAAGGUCUUCUUAAACUGUGGAAUUGGCUUUGACGUAAAUCUUACUCUGAUUGGAAGAUGA